CAUCACCCAAACACACAGUACCCAUCAACUCCAGAUCUUCAAUCUCUCUCAAACCCUUGUCACCGGAACCCGUCUUCAUCUACCGGCAUCGCAUCAAUCCAAUCAUCAUCACAAAUCACUCCUCCACAUUAUAUCCCCCACGCUGCCGACCCCAUGCCCUCUCCAAUGGAUACCGAAGGCAGCCCCGGGAUCCCCAGAUCCAGCAAACGGCGCCGCCUCAAUUUCGCGUGCAACUACUGUCGGAGUCGCAAAACGCGCUGUGACGAACAGCAGCCCUCUUGUCAGGCUUGUAUCCUUGCGGGAAUCGCUUGCGUUACAGAAGAUAGGCGCAGGCCGGGGAAGUUGAUCAAGAGACGAGAGGCGGGCAAGUCCACUGAUGGAGGGUCUGUCACGUCUGCGAGUCCGUCGGAGUAUGGAUUGCAGGCUGGUGCUGAUGGGGCGGUGGAGAGGAGGCAUUCUGUUGCUGAGCCGAGGACGAUUGCGGUGGUUACUGGGCCGAUUCGCGCGAGGUCGCAGAGUCCGAGACCGUCGCAGAGUAGAGACUCUUCUCAUACAGACACGAUUAGCAACCCUUUGCCGAUCUGGCGACAAAGUGCUGGCACCACGUCUUUCCAGAUAUUGACGGAAUGGCUGGAUCUGGCUUGUUUCCGGCUGAGCAUCCCUUACCAUUUUGGCUCAUAUCCCCCCUCCACUCUAAACCCGCAAUCGGUAUCUCAGCCCCAGCACGGAAUCCCAAUCAUACCGGAGACAUGGGUACCCCAGACUUUGUUCGACGCAUAUGCGAGGGAGAUACAUACGUUUUACCCUGUUGUGAGGCUCGACCAAGCUCGUGCCGAUGUCGUGCAAUCUCACCCUCCGCACCCUGGGAGCUUGACGUCGCACUCGGUUGACAUUGCAGCGCUGAGAAGUCAUCUACUCUUCGCUGCGGGAGGAUGCAUUCUUCAACAUGCCGAGCGAAAGGCUUACAUGACCGAAACACUGUCUCUAGCCCGCAGCGCACUUGGACAUUUCAUCGGCAACGUAUCAUACGACACCAUCGAAGUCCUCUUUCUUUUCUCAGUAUGUCUCCGCCUGAACGACGAAAUCAUCUCAGCUUGGACAACGCUCGGUAUCUGCCUUUCAAUCGCCCACUCCCUCGGCCUCAACAAGCCCGGAAAGAAUAGAAAGAAACCUCUAGAUCUCGAUGCCUGGAAUCCUGCGUGGUGGGCUCUGUAUAGCUAUGAGAAGCUUUUCUCGUUCCAGCUUGGCUACGUAUCCACGAUCUCGGAUGACGCGUUCGACACCCUGGACCUGGAUGUUCUUAAGUCUACUGCGCUUGAGCCGUCGCGUAUUUCGUUAUCGAUGGCGAAUGUCUUUAGCAAGAUGAGUCGUCGGUGCGCUACGGCAAGACAGCUUGAGGAAAGGGCUAGUAGACGGGCCAUUGAGGCGGUUGUUAAGGAGAAAGUUACUAGUACUGGAGAGGCCUUUUUGAUGUUGACGAACUGGGCUAAUAGUGUCCCUGCUGGUAUAAGACCUACGUCGGACUUUAUGCGCGUACCAGAAAACUUGGGCCUUGCGUCAUUUGUGUCUCUACACUACCAUAACGCCCUCAUCAUGUUGAACCGCAACUCCCUUCUGAUCAGCAAAAACGCUCUGCACAUGGCAGUAGAGAUCAUUGCCAAAGAUACGCCAUGGGAAUACCAGAUCCGCAACGGUCAAUCGAUGGUUGCAAACUCAGCAAGAAAGAUGAUUCAUCUUCUCGCUGAUAACGACGACUCGGCGUCACAUCUAUUUGCACCUGCUUAUUUUCCGUUACUUCAUGCUAUGUAUGUUCUGGCGGUGCAUAUCUUGAAACAGCCUCAUUCCCGUGUCUCCAAAAUUGACCAAAGUCUCCUCGUGACAGCCGCUGACUUGGUCCGCUGCUACUGUGUUGGCCUCAGUGAAGAAGACCGCUUGAACACCAUUCUAAAUGGCCUUCUUCGUGUUGUCCAAGAAGCUAUGAGACCCAUCUCAGCUCCAAAGGAUAGCCACCACAGAACUCCAGCGCUGAACUCGUCAACAAGCUUAUCCGAUCAAAAUGUGACACCUUUGACAGACCCGCAGGGAGGUAAUCAGACCUUUGCAGAAUCCUUAGGCCAAUCGGAUCCUGCAAUGCUCAGCCAUCCGAAUUUAUCAAUGGACGAGGGCAUCCUCGAUCCGUUCUCGGGUCAGCCAUUUAACAUGCCGAUACUCCCUGAUGAGAUUGGCUGUGACUGGGCGGACUUUGAGAACUUGUUGCAGAGACUUGAGAGUGAAGGGUCCUUGUAUCCUGGAGAUGAAGGAAUGGUUAUUGAUAUAUAGCUCAGCAAUCUGACAAACUUUGUUCCCUUCCUGUUCAAAGCUUCCCCAUUUCUGAUCUUUUGCGCAUUCUGACAACUAAUCCGGUUUGACGCGGAAACCAUCC